AUCAUUGAGACCGUGAACCAUACGACCUUUUGUUUUGCUGGGCCAUUUCUUUCUCAAGCCCAUGGCGUGCUGAAUCCACUUUGUCGUGAUGAAAGACGGCGUCUUCCAUUAGGGUUGACGUGAGUUCUUCCUGGCGUCUUAUCAUCUUUCAUCUUCUUCGUCGAGAUACCAGUAACCGUCACCCACGAUCUAGAUUCAGUGCGAGAUUUAUGUAAUCCAAGGCGAUGGAGUUGGACUAUAAAAAGUUAUGCUUUCCUCUUUUCAGAAACUACAUCUCAUUCGUUCUAAACUCACCAGUAAACAAAAGAUUGUGUGCUAUGGCUAACGUUUUGGUCCUCUUCUCUGAUCUGCAGACCGGCCGCUCUACCUCCACCGUUGAAGUUCGGUUGCUCCGCUUCAGGGAGGCCAGAAACAUCCGCCGUGGUGGAGAACUCAUGGGCAUCGACGUGCUCCUACUCGAUUCUCAGAUUCUAGGUGAACUGAACUGCGGGAGCAGUGGAGAUGUUAAUGCGGCAGAGGUGAGAUGCAGCCUAAAUAGAUUACAGGAUGUCCUUGUGGCAAGACAAGCAAAGACCGAGCCAAAGAUGGAGGCGAUUCCAAUGUCUGCGGCGGUGACAUUAAGAUUAUCUCGGAUAACUGGAAGGACAGGUGGAGCAACGAAAGAGGAAUCAAAGCAACAUAGGAACUAAAACCAUAAAAAGUGAUUCAUUCACUGAAUUACAAAUGAAUAAAUCAGAGGAGCCAGGAUGUCGUCAAUUAAACUCAUAUUAUACAACCAACACAAUGAUGUUCACUCCUCGUUUCAUUAACUUCCCGUUAACAGAUCUAAUACAGAAAAUGAAAACAGAGAAAUCUCAAGGGUAUUUGUGAUUUUCAUCUAGAAUCUUUGAUUUUAGGAAUAAUCAAAAUAGUCCUAAUAAUUUUAAUAAAUAGUUUUUAUAAUAUUUAUAUAAUUUAAUAAUAAAAGUGUUGAAAACAAUGAU